AUGAGGAAUCAGGAGGAAGAACAGAUGGCAGAAUGUGACGUGACAGACACCAUCAUCACCGACGUUCAGGAAUACCUGGAUCAAGAGUUGGACACAGUCGGGGACGUGGAAGCUUCAGAAGAUGAGCGUGAGCUGAUGGAGCCUUGGGAGGCAUCAAGGUCUGAGCAGAGACCUCAGACCAUCAGCUGGAACCCGACACAGGACAGACAGACCAAAGUCAAUCCUGACAUGAAGAAGCCACCAAAUGCUUUCAUACUGUUUAAUAUGGAGCAAAGACCUUUAAUCUGCAAAGAGCUAAAAGUGAAAGACAGCGCCACCAUCAGCAGGAUGCUCAGUGAGAAGUGGAAAGCUCUGAGCAAGAAGGAAAAGUCCAAGUACACUGAAAAGGCUGCUGAACUGAGAAAACGCCACUUAGAGAAGUUCCCCAACUGGUCCGCCAAAGACAACUACGGUAAAAAGAUGAAGAGGGUCAUGGCCACGCCCACCAACUGGAUGGAAGGUAAGAUGAUGUUACUGUCAACAAGAAAGUAUUUUUAUCUGAAAUGUAAUAUCAUUAAGUCAGAAUACUCGCCUCCGUCCAAGAAGUCUCGUCUGAUGUCAGAAUGUGAGACAAGAAUUCAGACGCACACAGGAGUGAAGAGAAAGCAUGAGGUCCAUCCUGAAACUGAGGAUCAGCGGAACUCUACAUCAAAGAGAACACGAGUUGAAACAGCUCACAAAGAGAGACCCGCCCCCUCCACCUGCUCAGCCAAUCACAGUCUGGUGCAGCAGAGUCCCAGAAGAUGA